AUGUCUGCCAUCUUCCUAAUCUUAGCUUUGCGCGGCCCACGAUACAACUGGAUUCGUAAGGGUGGGAGGAUGACACCCUACUUCGCAGACCUUCUGACCGCUGUACUCGCCAAAACUAUUGAGUUGUCGUUUGCGACCGUGUUUGUUUCUUUCCUGGGACAAGUCCUUUCACGCCGAGCUUUCAUGAAGGAUCAGGGCCGCGGUAUCACGCUUGCCGAAAUGGACAUGCGCAGUUGGGUCAUGCAACCCGGAACCAUGAUUACGCAUUUCGAGGCCCUGAAGUCCAGUAUUCUGUCUAUCCUUGGCGUGCUGUCGCUAGUGGCUGCUGUUGUGGCUAUGCUAUACACUACAGCUUCAGAAUCUCUCGUGCAGCCAUACCUUCGCUACGGACCCUGGGAGCGCGGAUCCAUGCAAGGAGUCGUCAAAACCAUCUUCGCCAACCCAAUAUACCUUGGAGAAAAUUGUGGAACACCAAUCAAGGAUGCAGAAGAUGACAAUGCAGGCCUCACCUGUCUUCAGAUCCAAUAUGCUGCGCACAGCUACUACAAUUAUCAACGCUACAUCUCCGAUUGGUCGACUAUUUCGAAAAAUGGCAAUGGAACGAGCGAUCCUGCUCAUAGACCCAAGGGCUUUGCAAUGAUUUUCGAGAAUACCACAGUCACAGCGCCUUGGAUCGAUCUGGAGUACAGCGACGUUCUGAACAACUCAGAUAAGCAUCAGAGAAUCAUCAAUAAUGUGACGCUUGCUUUGCCGCAUGCUGGCGUUCCAGGGGCAGCCUGGGACUCGGUUAAUAACAUUCUACAGCCUGAGGAUCUGGAUGGCCAGGGUGUGUAUCAACUUCAGGCUUCUGUUCCGUCCCCAGCAGUCAACGUCUUGUGUGUGCAAAUGACAAAAGAAGAGGUCUCACCGAUUGUAUACACAGAAUGGAACAACAACACUCUCAACACUACGGAAUGGCCCACUGGAGCACAACUAGCUUUCUAUCAACCUGGCACAUACAACAACAAGACAGUAGUCGACGACAUAUUCGAAUGGGGAGAGAAAUACCAGACCACACCUCCAGUGUUUCCUAAAUUGCCUGUGACUUACAACACUGUGAUGAACCACACCGGAGCCUACGGCAGAAAAGCAAUCUACCUGCUCGGAACCGAUGUCACGGGCAACUACUCCCUCUGCUCCGUCAAAGUGUUCACAACGCCUUUUUGCUCAACCGUAUAUAAUGCAUCAGUGGUGGGCGCAACUCUAGAAGCGAAGUGCGACGAGUCCAAAACAGCAAACUUGACAAAUCCAAUGCGCUACAUUGACAGCCUCAAGAACGCCACCUCGGGGAACGACACCAUCAGUAAAGAUUGGCCCGCCAUCGGCUCAGAGUGGUCCAAUUCUUUAUCUCUUAAUGACGGUAUUAUAGACGGUCAGGCAGCUAACGCACGCCUCCUCACCGAACUUAUCCUCGCUACACGCUCUUUACCCCUAGAUCGCCCGAGCAUCGCUGAAGCUCUAGCAGUCCUAGCAAGUUCAACACUCUUGAUGUCCUGGCAAGAUGCGCCUUUCGUCCAAUUCUGGAAUUACUCCAGUACAUCGCUGGAGCCCGGCCAACCGCAAUUCUUCAAUACUAGCCUCCGAGCGCAGGAAUAUGCUUCUGGCGGAUCAGGCGAGCCGGGCACCCACGCGUUCUAUGUUGUGCUGUUUGCCAUCUUCAUCAUUAAUGUUCUUUGCCUGAUUUACUUUAUCAGUCAGAAUGGCUUAGUGACGGACUUUUCUGAGCCGCUGAAUUUGUUUAGUUUGGCGGUUAAUAGUCCGCCGAGUGACUUGAUGGCUGGAGCUUGCGGAGGUGGACCCAGAGGAGAGCAGUAUAAGGGCCGUUGGUUCGUCAAUGCGGCGGGUGAGCACCUGUUCAUGGAGAGCAAGAUGGAUGGCGGAGAGGUGGGUGAUGAGGAUUUGAGGAGGUUGCGGGGACAUGGGUUGAGCGGUCUGACUCCAAUGAGUCCGAUGAGAAAAGCAUAUGAGAAGAUGAGCCGACGGAAGAGCUGGUUCUGA